AUGGCUAUCGACUUCCAGUUCCAGGCACUCGCCAACAGCGACAACACCCUCGUCGCCGGCAAGGUCAUCGCCGUCGCAUCCCUCGGUCUCUUUGCAGGAUCCGCCCUCAGCUUCAGCGCCGUCAUCAUGCCCUCCCUCCGCAAGUUCUCCUCUGCCUCUUCUCUCGCCAUCUGGACCGAAGCCCACAACUCCUCCAAGUACCUGGAAUGGGGUUUGAUUGCUGCUGGUAUCGCUGGAUCUGCUGGAUUGUACUACAAGACCAAGAACAUCUCCUACCUCUAUGGCGCCGUCUCCAUCGCCUCCAUCAUCCCUUACUCCUUCAUCGCCCUGUACCCUACCGCCAAGAAGCUCCUCGCCAUCCGCCAGGACAACACUGUUGGAGGAAAGAGCGAUAGCAUGAAGGAUAACAAGUACAAUGAUUCUGAUGUCGAGGCCCUCCUCAGCCGUUGGUCGAAAUUCAAUUUCGGACGCACUAUUCUUGGAUUGGGUGCGCUCUAUGUGACCUUGUACGGCGUUGUUUCGGAGGAUGGUGUUCGCUUCAUCCUUUUCAACAACUAA